UCGAACGACAACGCAUGCGCCAGUCGUGCAGUAUCCAACAGCAUGGCGAUCUUACGGAGAUCUCUUUUCAAUACUAAAGAGCUAAUGAAGUUGUUCAAACCACCCCUGCGACGUUUUGUUGGCGUCUCAAUUGCAGGCUUUCCAGAAAGUUGUUCGCUUAAUCCGAGUCACCGCUCUUAUAGUAGUGUCGCCCCGUCCGGAGAUCACCUAUUAUACACGGAAGACCAUUUUGCUUUAAGAGCGUCUCUGAGAAAGAUUAUUGACAAAGAAAUCAAUCCAUUUGUGGACAAAUGGGAAGAAGAGGGACAAUUUCCAGCACACCAAGUUUUUAAAUCACUUGGAGAGGCUGGAUUUCUUGGAGUAGACAAGCCAACCGAAUAUGGCGGCCUAAAUUUGGAUUUUUCCUACAUCACUGCAGUGGCAGAAGAACUUGGAUUCAUUCACUGUGGGGCUAUUCCCAUGGCUAUUGGGGUACAGAGUAGUAUGGCUACACCAGCUCUUGCAAGAUUUGGUUCAGAUGAGCUGAAGAAAGAAUUUCUUGCUCCAACAAUAGCUGGAGACAUUGUGGCUUGCCUAGGAGUAAGUGAAUCUGAGGCAGGUUCAGAUGCUGCAAAUAUCAAGACCAAAGCUGUAAGAAAAGGCGAUGAUUAUGUGAUAAAUGGUAGCAAAAUGUGGAUCACUUCUGGAUUUCAGGCAGACUGGAUGUGCCUCUUGGCAAACACAAAGGAUGGACCAGCCCACAAAAAUAAAUCUCUCCUAUGUCUGCCAAUGAAGUUGCCUGGUAUUCACCUUGCUAAGAAAAUCGACAAGCUUGGUAUGAGAGCAUCUGACACAGCGGAAAUCUUCUUUGAAAAUGUCAGAAUUCCCAGCAAAUACCUCAUUGGAGAAGAAGGAAUGGGGUUUAAAUACCAGAUGUUGCAGUUCCAAGAAGAACGAAUAUGGGUAGUAGCCUCAUCACUGUCAGCUCUAGAAAUCCUGAUAAAAAAAACUAUCGAUUAUACUUCUCAAAGGAAAACAUUUGGCCAGCCAAUACUUCAUAAUCAAAUAGUGCAUUUUCGCCUGGCUGAACUAGCUACGGAAUUGGAACUCCUUCGUGCAUUGCUAUAUGAGGCAGUAGGUCUCUACUUACGCGGAAAUGAUGUGACCAAACUUAUAUCCAUGGCCAAGUUAAAGUGUGGUCGCCUAUGUCGAGAGAUUUCGGAUAGUUGUCUCCAGUUCUGGGGAGGAAUGGGGUACACUAAUGAAGUGCUAGUGAGUAGAAUCUACAGAGAUUUAAGAUUGGUAUCAAUAGGAGGAGGUGCUGAUGAAAUCAUGCUGUACAUUAUAUGCAAAUACAUGGGUAUCUUGCCCCAAACGUAAGAAAAAGAAUGAGCCCUAGGAUUUUCAGAACUCUAUAACACAAUUAUGAUGAAAAUUAUCUUAACCUCAGUCAGCCUAAUCGUAUUCUUCAAAUGGUUUAAAGCAGGGAUGUUAAACAUAGUUUUCACCGGCAGAGGGUUGCAGGAGGCCGUCACAG